AUGCCAUGCCUUCAGUCUAGAGUGGAGCAUGGCCAGCUUUAUAGCAAACACAGUGUCAGUCGCUCGGUGCCCGCAGUCUUAUUAAUACUAACAUUGAACUGGCUUAGCAAACGCUGGGGGUAUCUUUCUCCAAUUAGAGUUCGAGCCGGAUCCUUUAGUUUCACAAUGGUUGUCAACCCAAGUCACAUCAAGACCAUACUCCGCUCUUCUAGGAUCCUGACCAAUAGACCUAUGAUGGUUUUUGUCAUGGAGAAAUGGUUCUAUACGCCUAAGGAAUCGUUGCAUUUUUAUGCUGCUCAUGACCCCCAUACAUCAAGGCCGGGAGAGAAGCCUGAGCAUAUCCAUGAUUUUCAAGCAAAAAUCAGCAUCAAAUACCUGUCCGGAACGUAUCUCUUGGCAAUGUCGGAGAGAUACCUUGCAAUCCUCAAGACUAGGCUAUUGAAGCUUGAUAUCCCAUCCGACGGCUGGACAGAGAUCCCAGACUUUUACCUUUGGCUUCAGAGCCAGGUUACCCCUUCCGUCAUUGAAGCUAUGAUGGGAUCUCAAAUACUCGAAUUGUAUCCUGGCAUUGUGGGGGACUUUUGGGAAUUCGAUCGACAAAUCGGAAAUUAUUCCCGUGGUUUGCCUCGCUGGAUGAUUCCGUCUGCGUAUACAACGCGCGAUCGGUUGCUGGCAAAUAUCAAGGCAUGGAAUACACUUGCAAACCGUGAGUCGGACCGUACGCAACACGGACAGGAGGGGCCUGAGUGGGAUAAGUUCUUCGGGACAAAGUUCAUCAAAGCCCGUGAAGAUUCUUUGCGGACGCAUGGUAUGGAUGAUAAUGCAAUUGCAUCUGAGAACCUCGGCCUUCUCUUUGGAUCAAAUGCCAAUGCAGUUCGUGCUGUCUUCUGGUACAUUUUUGAAUCUUUCAAGGAUUUGGAUCUGCAAGAAAGCCUGAGGGCCGAGUUGAAAGACUGCCUGAAACCUGAAACUGAUGACUUCGAUGUUCCAAAGUUCUCUAAUAAACCCUUACUUCAAUCCACUUAUGCAGAGGUAUUGCGUCUCCGCGUCGCAACCACCAUGACACGCACAAAUGAGGAUGCCAAUUUCAAGUUGGGACCGGAUUACACAGUUGACAAGAAUAUGACGAUGACGAUAUUUUCCUCGAUUACCGCUCAUAACAGAGAGGCUUGGGAAAACAUGAGACCUGAGAGCGUGACCAAACCUCUGGAUGAGUUUUGGCCGGAGCGAUUUAUUGUCCAAAAAUCCAACAAAGAUGCAAGAUUCAGUGUUGAAGGCUUGACAGAAUGUUGGAUGCCUUAUGGAGGAGGCCAGCGGAUGUGUCCUGGCCGCCAUUUUGCUAAAAACGAAAUUAUCGGUACACUGGGAUUGCUUUUGGAAUUGUUUGAGUGUGAGCUGGUAGAUCUUCAGCAAGCUGAGCAGGUGAAGCCUGACAAAAGAUGGGAGCCUUACGGAACCUUGCCGCCUACUAAGAAGGUGGCCGUGAGACUUCGACGACGUGCAGAAUGA